GUUCCUUGUUCUGGCUUGGAGACCUGCGAGGUGAGCGAGACGAGCUCCAGGGUUUCUCAGUGUGGCCCUGGCUGUCCUGGAACUCACUCUGUAGACCAGGCUGGCCUCGAACUCAGGAAUCUGCUCAACUGCUGGGAUUAAUGAUGCUCUCCAAGUUCUUGACUAUGGAGUAUUUGGUUCAUCCUGGUACACUCAGCUUGGCUGCUGGAGUUGCUUGUGGCAUGUGCCUGGGCUGGGGCCUCCGGAGCCACCUUGGGAUGUUCCCCCAGAACUCAACAAGUGAGGCAAAUAGAGACACAGAGACUGGAACUGAAGCAAGCAUCUUGGGAGAGAGUGGGGAAUACAAAAUGAUUCUUGUGGUUCGAACUGACCUUAAAAUGGGGAAAGGGAAGGUUGCUGCCCAGUGUUCUCAUGCUGCCGUGUCUGCCUACAAGCAGACUCAAAGGAGAAGCCCUCAAGUGCUCAAAGAGUGGGAGUACUGUGGCCAGCCCAAAGUGGUGGUCAAAGCUCCAGAUGAAGACACCCUCAUUCAAUUACUCACCCAUGCAAAAACCUUGGGACUGACUGUAAGUUUAAUCCAAGAUGCUGGACGUACUCAGAUUGAACCAGGUUCUCGAACUGUCCUGGGAAUUGGGCCAGGACCAGUAGAACUAAUUGAUGAAGUUACUGGCCACCUAAAACUUUACUAGAUAAGCUUUUGCUUGAUGGAGAUUCUGUCCGAAGACUAUGGAGCCUGUCAGUAACAAUAAAUGCUUAAUUCUUGUCCCACUUUAAAGUCUGUUCCCAUGUUCCUCUAUCAUGUACUAGACCAUUAAUAUCUUGAGCUUAAAAUACUAUUGAAGGGGUAGAGAGAUUCCUCAGUGAUUAAGGGCACUUGUUCCUCUUGCAAAGGAUGCUGGUUCAGUUUCUAGUAUCUGGAUCUCAGUUUACAAGCAUCCAGAUCCAGUUCCAGGGAAUCCAACACCCUCUCAACCACAAGGUAUACACAGUAUACAUAUAUACACGCAGGCAAGUCCUCAAACAUCCAAAGAGUACAUAAAGAAAAAGGAAGUCUCAAGAAUAAAAAUACAUUCUCUAAAUGCUCCUGUGGAGUGAUAGGGUCUCAAACAGAUUGGAAGUGAGACAGUGCCUGUAAUGACGCUGGGUGAGAAGGAGGCUGCGUUUCCCAGGUACAGUUAGGCCCCUGUGUGUUGAUUACUCUUUUCUCAAACCAUGCUGUUGUCCUUUGCCUUUUUGAGGAUCUGGUUCAAGAAAUCAUAUUGUAAUUUUUUUCUGCUGCUACUUUUUGAAUGGCUGUUAACCUCUUUUUAUUAUUAACAGAUCAUUGCAUAGACUCACUGCAAUUUUGAUUUAGAUAUUAACUAGCUGGACUUUUUGAGGUGGUCUCAUACUGUAGCUCAGGCUAAUCUUUAACUUGUGGAAAUCCUCCUGCCUUGACCUCCCACCUGGGAGGGAUGGAAGUUAUGAACCAUCAUACCCAGCUACUCUCUAAAUUCAUUUCUAUUUCAAAGUUGAAAUUUUAUGAUCUAUGUAGCAUUUUGUUGUUUAUUUCUCCAGAUCCACCUGGGCUAAGGUAUUUCACAGCUGUUCUAAUUCAUAAACUGAAAAUUCCUCUACUUUAACAGUGAGACCUGUGAGUUUGUGAAGUGAUAAGGAUUUACAAAGUGUAAAUGUGAGAAUUUAUGGGAACUAAAGGACUGUAACUGUACCCAGCCAGUUUCUCCUAGAAAUUUCAGGACCUAAAUAAUUUUAUUAUUUUAGGGCACUUUUUCUCCCCGUAUCCCUGAGCCUGGAACUCACUAUGGAACAGGCUGAUCUAAACUCAGAGGUCCUCCUACCUCUGCCUCCCAGUGCUGGGAUUAAAAACAUGCACUAGCAUGCCUGCCUACAUAAAGCUUUCUUGACAGUUUGCUAGAAUUCAUUUUUCUUGAUAGUUCUAAAAGAUUGACAGUGAUUUCCAAGUUCCUUAUAUCCUUUAAAACUAUAAAUGAUGUUAAGGAAAGUAAGACCGUAAGUAGGAACUAAGCAGAAUGAUGAAGACAACUGUAGGCAGUCUCCAAGUUAAAGUGCUUAGUGCAUUUUUAUCCUACGGAAGCAUAAAUGGUACAGGACCAAUCGCAACACUGAAUGAUGCCACAGUAGCAACAGUUUCUAGACAGAAUGUUUAUACAUGAGUCAAGUGAUGCAACCACAUGUAACUGAGUAGAACUCAAUCUUAAAUACAUGGUUAUGACUCAGGUAAUUUAUGAGGCUUGCUGCAGACAAAUGGUUCCACACUAAAAGACUAGAUUCCCAGCUGGGGUGGCUGAUUCAAUGACCUGUAACAAGCUGGGCCUUACAAGGACAUAGUAAAACUUGUUAAUUCUGGUGACAAGUCACGGUAUUUUUCUGGUUCACCUGCUCUUGGUAUAUACUUCAUAGGACUUUCAGAGUAGUUCUCAGAGCAUACUCUGCAGAGCACAAGAGUUUGCUACCUACCUGUUUUCACUAGCUUAAAUGAAAGGGAUUCCCGGUUCUAGUGUGUUCCUGCUGAUGGUCCACAUGAACAAGGAACCAUCAGAUUCCUCAGCCCACAUUCACAAUAAAGUCUCACUUGGCCUGAUGAAGCAGUUAAAAAGAGCAGUAUUUUUUUUUCCCCAGCGUAGGUAGGGGAAGGGCUUUGGGAACUGAAAGCUGGGCAAUAAGAAGUCUUUAGGGAAGUCCUCCUUGGUAGGUGGCCCAUGCUCCUGUAGAUGGCCCCACAUGCUUUCAAACAGUGUCAGCAUUGAUUGAACUCAGUGCACUGUUAUGAAAGAGAUCAACCUGAGAGGGAGAUGCGUAAGGGUUGGGGUGCUAGGCUCAUAUAGUACACUGUAUACUUGUAUGAAAAUUUCAGCAAAUAAAAAAUGAUUAAAAACAUUUUUUACUCAUGACUAUUUGUGUUCAUAUCUUUGUCUAAAGGGCUGUUGUCUAGUUUGUGAGCUCAGCUAACUUCAUAGAACAUUUUUACUGAAACAAGAGGCUGGAGAGAUGGCUCUGCAAUUAAAAUCUUACACAAAAUCC